GAUUUAAUGAACAAGACGAAAGGAAAAACAAAAUAAAGAAAAAGACAUAUGAAACGGUAGUAGUCCCCUCCUCUUCUCUUUGCUUUCUUCUGUUCACAAAGCUCUCUCUCUCUUUCUCUAUCUCUAUCUCUCUCUCUCAUAUCGAGAUUUCUGCGGUUGGCCUAAAGACCCUUUUAAGUCACGACGCCGUUUUCAUCCAAACGCGAGCCUCUGAGGUUUCAACGAGACCGUAGGAGCUCGAGAGACUUUCCUUCUUCAAGACCUGAAGACAAGAGAAAUCAAGAGUACCAUAGAGAUCAAAAUCCUCGAUUAUGGGUCUCAUCGUGUUUUGUGCUUUGUGAUAGUAACCAAAAAGGGUGCCACAAAACCCAAUUUAGGAGCUUAGAAGAAGAACAAUUCAGAGUUUGUGAAGUUCUUGUUGGUUAGUGUUGCUGUUUUCUGGCAAAUGCUGAGUCUCUUCUCUCUGGAUGGAAUACUGUAGAGACUCGGCGGGGAUGAUGAUGGAGAAUAAGCGCAGUGUCUGUUCUCUUGAAGAAAACAGCAUGAAACGACACAAGUCUGAUCUCUCUUUCUCUUCCAAGGAGAGGAAGGACAAGGUUGGAGAACGUAUUUCAGCUCUUCAACAGCUAGUUUCCCCUUACGGAAAGACCGACACUGCAUCAGUACUUUUAGAGACGAUGCAAUACAUUCAGUUUCUUCAAGAACAAGUCAAGGUUCUAAGCGCUCCAUAUCUGCAAACAACCCCCAUUACUACGCAGGAGGAGCUGGAGGAGUACAGCCUAAGAAGCAGAGGGCUAUGUCUUGUCCCAAUGGAGUAUACAUUAGGGGUUGCUCAAACCAAUGGUGCUGAUAUUUGGGCUCAUGUGAAGACUCCAACAUCUCCUCCUGUUUUCAAUCUCAAAUCUAAUUCGCCAUUUCGAUGAUUUGACAUCUCUGUCUCAAGACUAAUGAAAGAUACCCAAAAUGUUAAGUCUGACGAUGUCUCUGUAACAUAUCUAUUGAUUGGAGAGACCCAUGGAAGUUGGCUCAUAUCUUACUGCUUAAUUAAUCUCCCAACUCUGUGGUGGCUUUAAUAAAAAUCAUCCUUUGGUAGAAAUUGAUCCUAAUGCAAAGCUUAACUUCCUGGGAAAUUAGCUUGAGGUCCACUUCAAAAGUCAGAAACUUUUAGUUAUA